CAACAGCAACAUUAACAUCGCUAACAUCACCACAGACACAACGUCAACAAGUAACGCCAAACGUUUGGGAACUUGCGACGUUGAGCGACGGGCAGCGGCGUUGGACAGGGUGCCUGUUGUGGCAGCAACGUCGCUUCUGAAAACGAAAUUGCAUGGAGGAGCACGGUAUUCCAGUGCAGCCCCUGACGGGAGGCGGAGGUCUGAGCUCCAUGGAAUAUCUCCUGCAAGGCAGCGUGCUGGACAGCAGCGUGGACAAUGUGCUCAGCCGCCUGCGUGGUCUCUGCGAUAACAUGGAGGCAGAGUCAUUUGCCGACCAUGAGAUCGUUUUCCUGCUCAAGCCUGGGCAGGGGUCGCCGUUCGUCAUUCGGGCGCGUCACGCCCUGGACCGACCCGGGCUGCCGUGGCAGCUUCGCUACGUGGGCACAGCUGAGGUCGGGGACAAGCAGCGGGGAGCGUUGGUGCGCAGCGUGGUGGAGGUGGCCGCCUCGGAGUGCCUGCCCACCUUCCUGCAGCACAUGGGCUUCCGCACCGACCACGAGUACAUCGCACGUGGACACAUCUACCGCAAGGGAACUAUGAAGGUGGUGGUGUGCAAGGUGUUCCGGCUGCUCGUCGCCGGGAGCCCGGAGUCGGCGGAGCCGCUGUCCCCAUCGCACCUGCUGGAGCUGAGCGUCGUGUGCGGCGGCGCUGGAGGCGGCGGCGCCGACGCCAUUGCCGAGGACAUGCGCAGCUUCGCCGAGCAGCUCAAGCCGCUGGUGCAGCUCGACAAGAUCGACCCCAAGCGCCUCUAGCGGUGGGGGGGCGGGAAGGGUGGGGAAGGGGCGGGGGGCAGCGUGCGAAGGAUCCAUCCUGUUUAGCACCGCUUGCUUGUUUGGCAUUCAUCCACGCUCGGUUUUGGGUUGUUUCGUUGAGCUUUCUUUACUGGACUGAGUUGUAACUCGAGAAUCCGGUUUAAUCACCAAGGGGGGCAGAAACUUGGAUUAGAACGCAGGGUAUCAUCUGUGCUGGCUGAGUGCCACUCUUGGCACCCAAACCCACCUAUUAUUAAUAGUACAAUAAAAAUCACAGCCGUUUGUCAAUUCACUGCUGGAUGAUGGCCUUCCCUUGUUUCUGUCACGAGAGUUGCAUGAGCGUACUUCACUGUGCUGGUCAGUGUGAAUCGGUGAGGGGGGGGGGCAAACCUGAAAUGGUAUCAGAUAUCACUGUGGAUGUUAAAAAAGUGUGCGAACCGCGGCACCACCGCUCCACCCCUUGUUAAUAUAUUUGGAGUCCUGUGGACGAUUGCAUGAAGCCACCUUUGGUGAUGGUUCCCUUUGUAAGGAAAAUAAUCUACUUCAGAUGUUUUAUGCAACUGCCCGCUGAUGUUUAUUUUUCAGAGUAGCUUCAGGUUCGGAAUGUGAGCGUGGCCUGCAAGACGUUAAUUCCCACUCGCUUUCGUCAUUUGUAAAUACUCAUUUAACCUAAGUUUUGUAUCUAAACAAUAGAGUUGAAACUUUUCAAAUGUUUCAAUAAAAUACUGAAAUAUG